AUGUCGCAGGCUGGUAAAGAGGAGCGCGGAGUGAGUGUCGUCACUUCCUCUCUCGUGCACCACUUCCUCCAGCGGCUUGCUCAUGCAGCCAUCUUAUUUUACAACAACAGGGCUGCAAAAAUAUUUUGUGAAGGAGUGUUUCUACUGGAACGUGUGAUGUGGGACCAGGGGGGACAGUCCUGGCCGCAGUGGCCUUUGAGUCAGCAGCAAUGGAUGCAAUCGUUUCAACACCAACACGAUCCAGGUCAAGUGGACUGGGCUGCUCUGGCGCAGGCGUGGAUAGCACAGAAAGAAUCAACAGGACCAGAGCCCCCAAAUAUUCAGCCCAAUGGACAGGACCUCCCUGGCCUGGAGCCUGUUGCGCCAGGCAACCAUGGUGCCUUCCAGGGUGACCCAGCAUUUGGACGGAUGUGGCAGCCAGAAUGGGGAAUGCAUGGACAGCCCCCUCCUCCUCCUCCGCCGCCGCAGCAUGACCCUUCCUGGAUGCCCCCAGGGUCUGGACCGAUGGACGUGGUGAAUCUCAGUGAAGAUGGCAAUAGUCAGGACAGCGGAGAGUUCAACACCGAAGCCCACCACAGGGUUUACUCUCAAAACAGCCAUGGGUAUGGGGCACAGCCCGACAACUACGCCAUGGCCCCCUUGGCCAUAAACCAGUUUGAUUACCAGCAUGGUGCAGCAUCCACCUUCGGCCCAACUUCUUCUGGCAUGCCCCCGUACUGGCCAGGCCCACCACAGAACAGACGAGACCCUAGGCCUCCAGAGUUCCGAGAACGACCACGCUCACCAAUACAGCUUCCAAUAAAACAAAAGGCGCCAGUAACACCUCUGGAUGCCUUAAAAAGGCGCAAGCUUCCUGCAUGGAUACGAGAGGGCUUGGAGAAGAUGGACAGAGAAAAGCAAAAAAAACUUGAACAUGAAAGAAUUGAAAAAGAGCGUGCAGAAAUGGCAAAUAAUGAAGUUGAGGACGUCGAGCCAGAUGAUGGGAAUGGUGGACCUCGUGUUCCUCGAAAAAGCAAAUUUGAUAGUGAUGAUGAGGGUAACGAUGAUAAUUCAGUGGAAAGAAUUACGACAAAAAAGGAAUUUUUAAGCCACAGCCCAUCACCUGCAGCGGAAGAUAGUGAACCUGAAAUGACAGAGGAGGAAAAGGAGUUCCAAUUGAUGGUUAUCACAAAAACACUUCUGACAGAGAUCCUUCUCGAAGUUACAAAUGAAGAGAUUGUGCAAGUGGCUAAAGAGACUCACCGGAAGGCAACUAGAGCUCCUGCAAAACAGCUGGCACAGUCAAGUGCACUGGCUUCUCUGACUGGUCUCAGUGGGCUUGGUGACUAUGGCUCUGACGAAAGUGAGGACGAGGAGCACAGUGUCCAUGGGUCUGAGUCGUCUGACACUGACGAGGAGGAGUUGCGUCACCGCAUCCGUGAGAAACAGGAGGCCUUCCAUCGAAAAGAGCGGGAGCUACAGUUCGAAAAACAAGCGCAAGAAGCCCGACAAGCACGAGAGGACACCGAGAGAAAACAAAAACUCGAUUAUGAGGAAGCUGAAUUAGAGGAUGCUUAUGCACACUCAGCAAAACAAAGUGAGGCAGAGGCUGUAUCUGAGAGGCGUAGGUCCCGUAGUGAGAAGGAGGGUAGUGAGAGUAAACCUUUGAGUCGAGGGAAGGAAAGUUCAGGUCGUGGCCGCAGUGAGUCUCCAGCGAAUGGGCGCAGCAGCUCCUCCCGCUCCUCCUCGAGCAGCAGCCGCUCCUCUUCAUCCUCAUCAUCUUCGUCGGCAUCUUCCCGUAGUUCGUCAAGGUCUUCCUCUCCUCGUCGAAAGAGGCGGCGCAGCCGGUCCCCUUCGCAUAAGUCACAUAGACGCAGUCGCAGCCACAGCUCCCACAGACACCGCAGUGAGCGCAACAACAAAGGCAGAGACCGAAAGAGGUCAAGCGUAGAACGGUCCCGGGAUAAACGAGACCGCAGUAAUUCUAGAGACAGGAGAAGUCGUAGGAGCAGAUCCAGGUCCAGAGACAGGGCCCGACACAGAAGCAGGGAGCGCAGUCGAGACAAGGACAAGGAUAGAGACAAGGACAGGAAACGGAGCAGGGAGCAUAGGGACCGCAGCCACAGCCGGAGCAGCAAACACAAGAAGGCCUCCAGCAAAGAGAGGGAGAGGAGAAGAGAGAGAAGCCAUAGUCAUGAGAAAGACAAGAAGAAAAAAGACAAAGACAGAGAAAAGGAGUCAGAUAGAAAAAGGGAUAAAACUAAGGGUAAAGAAAAGGAGAGAGAGAAGGACAAGUACAGCUCUGUAGGUUCAGAAGAAAAUGGCAAGUCCAAGAAAAAGAAAGACUCUGACUCCUCCACAGACUCUCACAGUGAUCGGCGCUCUAAGCAGGACAGUAAAAGCAGCAAAAAGGGCUCCAUUAAAUCUAGCAGAAGGCGCUCUGAUUCAGACUCUAGUAGGUCCCCUUCUCCUGUGGUUAGCAAAGAAAAGAAAUCUAAGAAAUCAAAACGUAGUCGUUCAAGGUCUACGGAAAAAUCUCACAAGUCUGGUAAGAAGGCAAGCCGCAAACACAAGUCUAAGUCUCACUCAAGGUCAAUAUCCCCUGUUCGUCGUAGCAGGCGCUGA